GCGAUCAUUUUUAUUCAAAGAAAACAAAGCUGUGAAAAAAAUCGAAAAAUUUGUGUGGCAUUCGUCGAAAAUAAACAAACAUUUUACUUUAUUGAAUGUAGAAAAUAGCGAGCUGUCAGUGCAACAAACAAAACUCAUAUUGUUGUAUUGAUGCAGAACCGCUGUUCGUUUUGUGAAAAACGAUUUUCAGAAAUUGUUAGUCAAAAAAAGCAAAUAAUGUACAAUUAGAAGAAGAAAAUCGGAUUUUUUUUGUUUAAACGAAAAACAAUAACAAACAAACAGUUACCAGUUACAUCGUACAAAAUAAUAAUAAGAAAAAAAAUUGUGUGAAAGCGUGUGGUACUACGAUGAAGGACAGCCAUCAAAAUAGGCAAGAUUGUGAACUAUUUUUGCGGGCAUUCGAAAAGCCAACGCAAAUUUACCGAUAUUUGCGUACGCGACGUCUUUUGUCGCCACUUUUCUUGCAGCGAAAUCUGGUUUAUUUGAAAGAUCGAAUAACAAAGCAAAGAAAAUGUCCCCGACGUCAGCGGAAAGAUUUUGAUUGGCCAACAUUUUUGAAAGAAUUGAAACCAGUCAAAACUAAUGAUCCGUCUGAUAGUUCAUUAGUUUUUAAAUUUCUUGGAUAUUUUGAUGAAAAUAUUUUGAGUACUGAAAAUGACACUGCCACUGUUAACAUUUAUGUACUCUGCCGAAGUAAACAUCAGCCGAAGUUCUUGCUCAAAACGAUUCCAGUUGAAAUCAAUCCACGCAUAAUUAUAAAUCCCGUUCCAAUCACACUUUCCAAAGAAGAGCUAAUGCGCAAUGUCAGUAGAACUGAUCGCUCUUGUGAAUUAGUCAUAGAAGUCUCGUAUGUUGAGCAUCAAAACAAUGGUGAACAUUUAGAUAAAUCACAGCGAUCAAAGAAACGCAAAAAGAUAAGCCAUGACGCUCGUUUGCCAGUUUUCGAUAAAAAAGGUCAUUGCGAUUUGUUGGAAGGUGAAUACGAGCUCAAUCUGGAUGUAAGCAGAGAAACAACACCAAUUCGAAAGGUGGAUCGUUUAACAUGGGCAACCGAUAUACCGAAAAUGUUGACGGGCGAUAAGCGUUACUUUCAAAAUCGUUCGUUGAAAUUCAUGUUGCUUUGGAAUAGUGAAGAUGGUACCAAAUCAAAAUCAACAUCACCAAUUCACAAUGAAAAUGCGAUGCUUAACACAACCAACACGGAUUGGUGUGGAAUUCAAACUGGUUCAACGACAUCACUUAGUACAUCAUCUGGUAUAUUGAGUGAUAUGAGCUCGGAUGAUGCAGAGAUUACAACAUUGACAACCAAAAAACUGCCAAACUCACUGCCAAUUACAUUAGCAAAUAGAUCACCGUAUGUUGAAUUGCUCGGCAUGGGAUCACAUCUCAUUUAUCGUUUCAUUUAUAAUGAUGAUUUGAGUCAAAAGACCGUUGCAUGGGAUGAAUUUUUAUGUCCAUGGUGUUAUUUGAAUUGUACAAGUUUACAUCCAUUGUUGAUGCAUUUGCGCUUGUGUCAUGAUCGUUUCAAAUUUUCCUACACCCAAAAAGAAGAUGGCAUUCAAGUCGAUGUAUCAAUCAAUGAGCGAUACAAUUGUGCAUUGUCGCCGCUCAAAGAAAAUUCACUUGAAUCGAAUGACAAUGACAUGAAACCAUGCAAACGUAAGCCUUAUACAAAAGUAUUAGUCUCUCGGCCACGAGCCAGAAAACAUCGAAAAUGCUUAACCUUUGAAGAAUUAGAUGAAGCAAUUGAAUCAGACGUUGAUUCGUCCGAUGCCGAAGAAAAUAAAUACGUUUUACCAAAAGGUCAAUUGAAUUUUGAUGGUCAUCGCCGUGUAUACUAUCGAACCACCAAUAAUAUGAUCUACACGCAUCGUGCCGAUUUCGAUGAGGACUCAGAAGGCGAAAUGGACCCGGGAUGGUUGCGUAGACAUACACAAAAACUGAUUGAUGAUUUCACCGAUGUAAAUGAAGGCGAAAAAGAAAUGCUCACAAUGUGGAAUUUACAUGCAAUGAAGCAUAAUUUUGUUGGUGAUGCACAAAUGCCGUUGGCCUGUGAAAUGUUUGUCAAUGAGCGUGGCGAUGAGAUUAUAGCGAAAAAUCUCUACCGAAACUUUUUGCUUCAUUUGACCAAUUUACACGAUUUUGGUAUGCUGUCAUCCGGUGAAAUGUAUUCAAUUAUCCAAAGAUUGCAAGUGAAACAAAAGAAUCGGAAACAGUCACGUUUCACUGAUUAAAAUUUACACUGCGAUGAUGUUUAGCGUCUUAAAUUUAGUGGUAUUUUUUAAGUUAUUUUUAUUAAGAUUGAAAAUUAUUGAAAAAUGGCACUGCGAUUAAAUUUAGAAAAACAAAAUGAACUAUAUUAUGCUGAAGGAAUGAAAAGGAACAUUUGGUUUAAGCGAUAUAUGAUGAAUCCAGAACAAUGAAAACCAGAAAAGUAAUUGAUUUGAAUAUAUUUAAUGUUCCAUUCUAUUCGACAGAUAAAUUAUCACAAAAAAAAAUCUCUAUUAACAAUGUCGUUACAAAAAUUGACACAAUUAAAUUGUCUUACUUAAAAGAAAAUAAUUUACAAUACGUUAUGAUAUAAAUGCCACCGACCAUCGGAAUAAGCGAUAUAUUUAUUCUAACAAAUCUGCCGUUAAAACGAAAUGCACCUGAUAAAAGAGCACUAUUCUCAUACACAUAAACUCUCUCACAUCCACACACCGCCUACAAUUCAAUAGAAUUUUAAAAUGUUAUCCAAUAUUUAUACAAAUUUAACUGUUUUUUCUUUAAAUAAACACAAAAAUCGAAAGAUAUGUUUUAAACUUUGAA